CACCCUUCCAUGGUAAACAACAAACCUAUAGGAGUUGAAGCAUGUGCUGCUGCAUGCUCUGCUGUAGAUAGUGUUAUCAACUGAUCAUCAAUCUUGCAAAAUGGGCUGUGUUUUUUCAAGUAUUGAUGAGGAUGAGAAAUUUGGCAUCUGCAAAGAGAGGAAGAAGGUAAUGAAACGGUUGGUUGGUGUUAGAGGGGAGUUUUCUGAUUCCCUAUUAGCUUAUUUGAAAGCAUUGAGGAACACUGGUGCUACCCUUAGGCAAUUCACUGAGUCUGAUACAUUAGAAUCUGAAAUUGCCUCUAGUGGCUUGACUGAGCCAUCUUCUCCACUGUCUCAUCUGCUACCACCACCACGGCCUUCUUUUCUUACUGACAAGACUAUAUUGCAAGUCUCCCAGGAGGAAACUCUAGAGAAUGAUGACAACAAUGUUCCUACACUGCAAAUUGAUCCAAGUAUGAGCUCAUCGCAGCUAGUUCGACACACUGGUAAAAAAGAAAUAGUAGAACCAGUUGAGGUGGAUGAUUGGCAAGAAGCCAAACCAGACUUUGAUAAAGACACAGAAGAGGAAGCUGUUACAAAAUCACGUAGUGGGAAGCAACAGUACAUAGAACCAGUUGAUGAUAAUUCCUGUGCAAUGAGUUUGCAUAGAAAAGAAACUACAGCUAUGCUUAUGGUGGUUGGUAGAAGUGGGAAAACAUUGGAGGGUAUAGGUAAAGAGUUAGAUGAUUAUUUCCUGAAAGCAUCGGCAUGUAUAAAGGAAAUUGCUGUUAUUAUUGAUAUCAGUGGAGGAGAUACUCUUCUGCGACAGAAUUCUGGGCAUCACAAUAGGAAGAGAGGCAAUUCUUCAAAGGUCUUCAGUGUAUUGUCACGUAGUUGGUAUUCUAAGUCACACCAGUUCACCAAAGAAGAUGCUGAGCUUUCUAGUCCUAGUGAACCAUGCAAGCCCGGAGCUCAUUGUGCCACACUCAAAAAAUUAUAUGCCGCAGAGAAGAAACUUUUCAAGGCAUUAAAGGAGGAGGGAAUUGCCAAAUUGGAGUUUGAGAGGAAGUCCUUAUUAUUGCAAAAACAAGAGGAAGAGAACCUUGACUUGGUCAAGAUCGACAAAACUCGAACAAGUGUUGAGAAGUUGGAUUCUGAACUAAUAAGCCUGCGGCAGACCAUCAGUGAAACAACAACAUCAAUUCUGGAACUUAUAGAUGAGGAGCUUUUACCCCAACUGGUUGCAUUAACUGCAGGGUUGGCGCAAAUGUGGAGUACAAUGCAAGAGUGCCAUCAGACCCAAGCACUCAUCUCCCAGCAGUUGAGUAACCUCAGUGAUAAUCUUAACACAAUACUAAAUUCUGACUAUCGUCAGCAGGCUACAAGUCAGUUCGAGACCGAGGCCUCUUAUUGGUAUAAUAGCUUUUGCAAACUCGUAAAAUCUCAACAGGAGUACGUAAUGACCCUCUGUAAGUGGAUCCAGCUUACCAACCACCUCAGGGAUGGCCAUGAAUGUAGCAAUCACUCCUUUAUUCAAUCCAUUUGUGAACAGUGGAAGCUUGGCCUAAAGGAAUUACCUGACGAGGAGGCCUCUGAUGCAAUAAAAAACCUUUUGUCAUCCAUCCAUUCCAUAAUCAACCAACAGGCUGAUGAAGAUAACAUGCGGAAAAAGUUGGAAAAAUUUGAAAGGAGGUUGCAAAAAUGCUUGAACUCCCUGGCUGAAAUGGAGAAAAAAAUUGAAUGGAGCUUUGAAAAUGAUGGAGAUAUAGCUGUUAAUAUGAGCCCCAACCAUCCAUUAUAUCUUAAAAAAACCAAAACAGAAGCCUUAAAGAAGCAAGUUGAAAGUGUGAGAGCAAAUUAUUUGAAUUCUAUCCAGUGUAGAAAAGUCAUGACUCUAAAUAAUCUCAAAACUAGACUUCCACAUCUCUUUCAGUCACUGAUGGCAUUUUCAAGUGCUUCAGUCCAGGCAAUUGAGGUUAUCCAUACCCAAUCAACCCAGUAGAAUGCACUGAUAUUGCAUCACAAAACUUUGUUUUCUUUUAUGUGAGUAAUCAGCUUGGGCUUCAUGCUUAUGAGCACAAAAAAUAUACUUUGGUUAUGUAAAUUUGUUGUUCUUGAGGGUCUGUAUACUGAAACAAAAAUUGUGG